AAAAAGAUAUAAAAAUUGCAAAAUCUGGCAACUCUGGAAAACCGACGCUUGUUAGUACUAAAUUUUGUUUUAUUAUAUUUAUUACAUUUUGGAUAUACAGGCCGCCUUGUAUUUUAUAACUAUUUGUAUUAUUCGUUUAUUUUUUUAUUGUUUCAAGUUUGUUGCAUAACUUCCAAUUUCCAUAAUCUCUGUACAAUUUGACAUUCUUAAGUCGAGUGUUUAUUUACAUCCAGUUUUAUUUUCUUUCGUUUAAGGUUAUUAUUGUUUUGAGUAUUUCAUCAUCCUCUAAUAUGGAAAAAUGUAAUAUAAUUUCUGGAUCCUCCGUUAUCGAAGUGAACACCGUGUGCCCCGGGACAGUGGAAAGGUUUAAAAAAACAUUAACGUCCCGGAGUAUUGAAGGAGGAUCUCCUUUUCAUACUCAUUUGUAUGAUUUCCAAAAAGGUAGGUAUACAACUUAAAUACAAUAAUUAAUUAGGUUGAAGUUUGGCUCUUGGGGUAGAAAAACAAAUUUUAACAUUUCGAAAAAUCAAAUAUAUAUAUAUAUAUAUAUAUAUUUACAGUGUUUUAGUCCCGUUUGAUUAGUGACUUAUGUAACAUUUUAGGUGAAGAAUUACUAUGUUAUUCGUCUCAUGCAUGGACAUUACUGCUUUACAAAGCAAAAUGUAUUGACCGCCGCCUGAGUCCUCAGUCAACUUCAAAUAAAAAAUCUAUGAUUGCAGAAUACUUGAUACAUUUUUUCGGAUGGCAUUCAAAAUGGGAUGAAUGGGUGACUGAGGACAGAUUAUUAAAAAUAACCAAUAUUAACUUAAAAUAUAAAGAGCAACUAAGAAUUCAAGCAGAAGUGUAGUAUAUUAAUAUAAAUUUACACCUGUGUACAAUAAUAUAUUAUAUUGAUUAAAAUAUUAUUUUUAUUUAUUUAAUGUUCAGUAAUGAAUGGAAAACUCGCACAAGAUUAACAGAAGAAGAAAAAAAAAAACGUGAAGAAAUUAUGAAUAGAACAAAACACAAAACUACACAACUAGUAUCUUCGUUGUGGACAGGUAUUAUAAAUUAAAGUAAUCAAUGCCUAGUUUUAUAAUAUAAUAAUAUGUAUUUAUAAUGUUAUAAUGUUAAUUAUAAAAACAUGUGAAAUAAAAGUGAUAAAAUAGAACAAUGGUGAUGAUUACUUUGUUAGACAGUAAAAUAGGAAUUAAUUAUAUAUAUAUAUACCAGGUGUAUUGGUAUAAAGUGAGCGUUAGGAUACAAUUGUGUCGGUAGGGAUUAUUUGUUGUGAACGGGCCUUCCAGUCAUUGAACAACCAACAUCAUAUUUUUUCAUUGUGUUGAAAAUGUCAAAUUUUGUAACGGAAAGUGAUGAUUUGCAGAAAGCAUUAAUUUUUUGUUUCCAUUUGAAGAAAAGUGCUGCAGAGUCGCAUCGAAUGCUUGUCGAGGCAUAUGGUGAAGAAAAUCAGUUUUGCAUCAAAUUGUCACUGGCGAUAAUAAAUAUAUUUAUUUUAAUCGUAAAUGUAGAAUACCAUGGGUUAAUCCGGGACGACUAUCAACAUUUACUGCGAAACCAGAUUGAUUCGGCAAGAAGGCAAUACUCUGUGUUUGGUGGGAUCAGAAAGGUGCGAUAUAUCAUAAGCUUCUAAAACCUGGUUCAUGCUAAUCGCUACAGACAACAAAUGAUCAAUUUGAAUUAUGCAUUAAUCGAAAAACGAUUAGAAUGGGCCAGAAGACACGGCAAAGUAAUUUUGUUACUUGACAAUGCACCUGCACAAGCAAAAUCGGUUCAGGAAACAAUUAAAGCACUUGGCUGGGAGCUGCUACCUCACCCGCCGUAUUCACCAGACUAGGCCCCUUCCGACUAUCAUUUGUUUUCAUCGGAGGGACACGCAUUGGUGCUGCUCAGCACUUUGAUUCCUACACAGAAGACGAAAAUUGGGUGUCUGAUUGGUUUGCUUCAAAAGACGAACAUUUCUAUUGGGGUGGUAUCUACAAAUUGCCAGAAAGGUGGUCAAUACUUCGAAUACAUUUAUUUUACUUUCCCUUUCAAAAUUAGUGUUUCAUUUUCCCAAGAAAAGGCUCAUUUCAAACCGGUACACCUGGUAAAUAUAUAUUUUUAUAGACCAUUUAGGCAAGAUGACUUCAACCUUUUCAUGCAGAGGGCCACAUAAUAUUUUCUACUAAUUUUGAGGGGUGGGGGAGAGGUGGCAUUCAUAGUAAACACGUUUAUUUUAUACAAAAAUCCAGCUUUAUUAUUAUAAUUUGUAUGAUUUAUUUUAAAUUACGAGCUAUUAUUAUUGAUAAAACAUAUAAAGAUUAACAUAUUUUAAUUUUGAACUACAAAUUAUAUAUUUUAUAUUUAUUGUGAUGACAUUGUUUUUCAGUAAUUUUUCUAUAUUAGGUUGGUCCUGAGAUGCUGUAAUCCUCGGUGAGUUUUCUAAGUGUAUGCCAGUAAACCGAGCCAUAGUUUACGAUUUGAUAAUCUCUAUUUGUAAAAAUAUAUGCUCACAGGUAUAAAAAUUACCAAAAAGAGUAGGUAAUUUAAUUUAUCUUAUUGCAUAUUUUCCAAUUUUUUCAAUUUUGGUGGUUUAUGGCCGUUCUAAUUUUAUUGCAAUAGAAAAGAUAUGCUAUAUUUGAAAUGUGAUUGCGGAUGGUAAAUAAUGACAAGGUAGGCUGAGGGCUGAAAACCUCUAAUUUAGGUUCUUUGCUGUUUUUCCUCCAAAAUUCUGUUAAUAAAAUUCCAUUUAUUUUUUUUCAUAGAUGUAAUACGUUAAUAAUAAUGAUUAGCUAUAAGGUAACAAUAUUGUUCAUUAAGUAUAAAAUGUUUUAUUUAUUUAUACAGUAGCGGAACCAACAAAUUUUCUUUAAACCGUGUCUAAUAUUAAACUGUAUAAAUUGGUUGGUUAAUAAAACAUUAAAAUAUUUUUGAUAACAUUAGGACAAUAAUAUUAUUAACUGUAAUUUAUUUGACCAAUGUAAAGAUACAUAAUACAUCAAUAUAUUAUUUUAAUUACAAACAUUACAUUGUUCUUAUUAUUAUUAAAAUUGAGUAUAGUAUAAAUGUGGAUUUGUCACCUAACACUAAUAUUAUAGCAUUUUUGAAAUUUUUUUAAACUUCCUUCAAUUCCCAAAUUAUUUUGGUUGAUUUUCUAGUUAAAAUUGAAUAUUUUUAACAAGUUUAUCGAAACAAAAUUUUUAAUCAAGAUCAAUUCAUAAUAAUAAUAAUGAUAAUCCAUUUGCAAUCGUAAAGGGUUUAUAACUUCAUCAGGUCAUGCCAUUUAAUAUUUUAAUGAAAUCCAUUUUCUGGUUGUUUUCAACUUUUAAUUAUGUAUUUAUUUUGUGUUUAAUUUUAAUAAUUUUUUUAAUUAUUUUUCAAUAGUUAGAGUUUUAAUCAAAAGUAAAAUUCAAGAAAUCCAAACUGAAAUUGAUUUAAAUUCCAAAACAUUUAAUGAAUUUAUGGCCUUCGAGAAUGAAAAUGUAAUUCAGUUUACUUAUAUAAUCAUAGUUUGCUAGUAAUUAGUAUAUAACUAAGAUUUUUGUAUGUCAAAUUUUUAUUUUCCAGUGUAAUGAUUUUCCAAAGGUGUUAAAUUUAUUAAUUGAUUUUGACAAAUGUAUGGUUCAAAACAAUAAGCAUGUAUGUAUAAACAAUUAUAAUUAAUUACUUAGCUGGAUGUUAAACAAGGUAUGUUUAUUUUAAUAUUUUUAGGUUUUGAAAAAGCCUGAUGUACAAUUAAAUGUUUCUUCUAUUAUAAGGGAUUUCAUAAGGUUUCAGAGUUGCAUAAAAUCCGGUGACCCUGGGUAAUUAUUACAUUACUUUAUUAAAAUUUGUAUUUAAGUUUAAUUCUAUAUAAUAAUUAAUGCAGGAACAAAAUAUUCAAUUUUGGAAUAAAACUACUGAAUGUUUUCAAUCAGAUAAUGAUGGGAGAAAUAAACGGAGACAUAGUAUAUGCAAAUGAGAAGUUGCAUAACUUGAUUAAAAAGGUUAGUGGGAGAACUUAGUAGUCUAAACCAAUUAUAAUAAUUUUAGAAUUGUAGUAUUUAUAACUUUUUACUAAGUUAAUACAUUUUUUAUUAUUUAUAGUUUGGUCCUAAUGUGUUUAACUUUUUAGAGUGACUCAUGUUAAAAUAAAGACCAUAUAAUAUUGAGAAAAAAAAAAUAACUUCGGUUUCAGGUGACCUUUUCCAAAUAUCAUCACUCUAUGGGUGAAUCCCUGAUUGAAGUGACUCACAUUUUAUAUUUUUCCAUUAUUUUUAUAUAAAUGAAAAGAAAUUACCCAAUUUGUUUUUUAAGUUAUAGGUAUCUCAAAACCCUUUUUUCUUUUUUAAGCUGCUCAGAUAUCUCAUCAUUGAGGCAUUUGUUCUAGUUCUUUUUCCCAUUAAUAUCCUCUAUACAUAGAAUUUUUUUUAACACAUCAGCCCUUCUUGGCUAUAUUUAGGUAGUUGGGAGUUUGCUGACAAAUUAUUCUCAGGAUUAAUCCCAAAUUAGUAUUGUAAGUUAAUACUUGAAUAUUUAAAAGAAAUAUACUUUAUUCAUAUUUUGCCAAAUGUUCCUUCAAUUAAUGGAUUUCGUAUCAUUAUCAUACAAUACUAAGUGUAUAUAAACAUUUCAAAAAUAUACAAGCAUCAAAAUGUUAAAGUUAAAAAAUUAAUAAUUUAGUAGUUUAAUAAUUUACAAUAAUAAAAUUCCAAUUUAAAUAUCUUUAUUGAUUGUUGAUUGAUAGUAACAUUUUUUUUUAGCGUAUUGAAACUUCUCAGAAGGAAAUUGAUGACUUUCCAAAAUAUUAUGUGUAUUAUGGAAAUCAAUUGCCCAAGGGAUCUUAUUGUCCAUAUAUAUUCCAUUCAAUAUACAUGUUAAGGAUAGUGGGUAUGUAUGUUUUAAUAUUACCAAUUUAAAAUUAUUCAUUUACAUAUGUUUGAUAGAUCUAAAUUAUUUAUAUACUUACAUGAUAUAACCCUAUUUGGGAUGGGUCAAACAAGUCAAAAUCUAUAUUUUGUUUUCUUAUUUUAAUAAUAUAUUCACAUGCUUUUCUAUAAAACAAAGAAAAAUUUUCUAAUAAUAUUUAAAAUUAAACUGGUAAACAUUUUGAGGAGAUAUCAGUAUUUUUUAUAGUGAUGAUUAGAGAUUGAAUUUAUAUGUACUUAAAAUUCAUUAAAAAGCGCUUUAAAAAAUAUUAAUAAGAAUAGUAAAUAUAGAGGGGUUUAAAACUUUCCCACUUAUUGUUUUUAGUUAAAAAGUUAAAAGUUAAAAAGAAUAUUUUUAUGUAAUUUUCUUCAAAUAUAAUUGUAAGUGUUGUAAAAAGAAAAAUGCUUGGUGUUCAUUAUUUGUGAAGGUUAGAAAAUUGUAUUUAAUAGGGUAGAACUCUUUGAGCGGGGACUUCAUAAUCCCUUUACCACUUUUGCUUUUUUGAAUAUCUUUGACAUUUUAAGCGUUUUUUUUUUUUUAUGAAUUUCAAGUGUUUAUAAAUCUGGUCGUUAGUGAUUAUUAUUUUAAUUAUGGGGCAUCUAAAACAGCUAUAAUUAAAGAAGUAAAACAUUGAUAAUAUAUGGUUAUGCUUUACAUCUUGUAGCAUAAUUAAAUUUACAGGGAUAACUUGUUAUUAUAAUAUUCAUUAUAUGUUGUACUUUAUAUAAAAAAUUUAUUACUUAUGGACUUGUGUAUAGAUGAACUAAAAAUAUUCAGUUAUCUUAUUUUACAGUUGUUAGUAUGGAUAUAAAGAACAAAUUAAAAUAUUGACAAAUGUAUAACCUACCCCCCCCCCCCCUCCCCAUGAACAUUGUUAAAUCGCAUUUAGUUAAUCAGAGAAUAAUAAUUAUUUUACAGUAGACCAGAUAUGUGAUGCUAUGUUUAGGCCAAUUUUGUUAUUUUAGCUUAGCUUGCAGGUUCACCAACCUAUUUAUUUUUAUUUAAAUUUACUUUAAGCUUUAAUGAUUUAAAAAAAUACAAUUGUUAUGUAGAUAAAUUAUACAAUGAGCUCCUCUAUCGGUUGGAAGAAAUUGACCCACAAAAAGGACUACUACUUGAUUUUAUAAAGUAAGUAUCAAUUUUAUGACUUAAGAUUCCAUUAUUUUAUUUUAUUUAAUAAUACAAUUUUGUUUUGUUUGUGAGUAAAAGUCAUUUUUUUUUUAUGUCCAAACAAUAUUGUUUUUCUACCUAUUUGAUUUGUAUGUUUGUCUUUUUUGUGUUAGGUUUUCUUUUAGGCAUUUUUCUGAGAGAAACAUUUUUGAUCUAGCUGGUGUAUUGUGUAUUUUAAAUUUGCUUUUAGUUUGUCUUUCAAUUUAGUUUUUGUUAUAAAUUUGUGAAAAGUAAUCUUAGGUAUCUGAACUUGAGAUAAAACACUUUUUUAAAUAUUUAUAAUCAUUUGAUAUUUUCAUUUUUUUAGUUUUAUUUACAUUUAUACAGAUCAAAUUGUUGUGUUUGAACAUUUUAUUCAAUCAUUAUCAAUUAAUGUAAUUAUUAACCAAAACUAUUUCCAAUGUAAUAAUAAAUUAUAUUUUCAAAAAAUAGGUUAGUUAUGGAUGGUCCUUUAAGUACUCUUUUUUCUGAAAUUUACACUCAAAAUUACGAAACCAAUAAUACUGUAAACAACAAAAUAUACAGUCCAUAUAUAAAAGCAUAUUAUAAAUAUGUUGAUGACAAGUUUUUUUUAUUUAGGGGUUCAAAUAGACAAGCAGAAAAUUUAGAUAACUACUUAAACAAAAUAAAUAAAAACAUUCAAUUUACACUCGAAAUACAAAUAAAUAAUAAAUUAAAUUUCUGAAAUCUUACAGUUUCCAUAAUAAACAAUAAAUUUGAUUUAAUUAUUUAUAGGAAACAUACACAAACUGAUGCUAUAAUACCACAUGGUUCUAAUCACACUUAUUCUCAAAAAAAAAACAUUUUUUAAUUCAAUUUUCUAUAGGCUUGAACAUAUUCCAUUAAAUAAAUAUAAUUAUCAAUACUAGCUCAAUAUUAUCUGUGAUAUAGCCCAUAGAAAUAAUUUCAAUUUAAAUACUAUGAAACAAAUAUAUAAAUGUAUUAAAGAAAAAAUAAAUCACAACUCACCAAAUAAUGUUGUUAACCAUUGUAGUAUGAAAUAUAAAAAUAAUAUGUCUAAGAAAUUUGCCAAAAUUCUGAAUAUUAAUACAAAUAAUGUAAAAAUUGCUUUUAAGACUAAUAAUAAUUUUAUCAAAUAUAUAAAUAAUAGAACUAAAACCUUCACAAAAAUUUGAAAUUCUUUUGAAAACGCUGGUGUAAGUUAACUUAAGUGUAAUUGUAAUACAUUUUAUAUAGGUACCGCCAAUAGAAAUUUUAAAAUAAGAUAUAAAGAACACAUUUCGCUUAACAUGUUUUAGAAAAUAACUAUAAUAUAAGUUUUGAUAUUAAUAUAGAUUUAAUUACCCAAAAUAACAUUUACAUUAAUUCAGUUUUAAAAAAAUUAUAUUUAUACAAUAAAAUAAAGAAAAAUAAUUUUAAUAUCUUUUAUCAAUAUCCUACCUUCCCAACUUCUUACCAGUGGCUGCACCCAUUCUCAUUAUCUUACCUUCUUUAUUUUUAUAUUUACAAUUUUUAUUUAUAUAUUUAUUUAUCAGAAUUAAGAAUUUUAAUAAUUUUGUUCUUACUUUUUUGUAUUUUUCAUUAUAAGUUCUAUUUAAUAACCAAAAAAAAAAAAAGUUGAGGUUAUAUUAAUUUUUUUUUUUUUUAAUAAUUGGUUUAUGAAUGAUGAAAUUUUGAUGAAAAUUACAGCAUUUUAAAAUAUAUAUCUGAGCAUUACUCGGAAUUAUAUUUUGUUUGUCAUUGUGUACAGAUAUAAUUUAAAUUAUUAUUUUUAUUUUACAUUUUUACCUUUCUCAAAUUUCCAUAUACAUUGGUGGCACAUCCAUUUCCAGUUCCAGUUUUUUUUUUUUUAAUUGUAUUUUUGUACAACCAUAUUAGUUUUAAAACAAAUUUCUAUUAAAAGCUAUAACUACAAUUAAUAUAAUGUUAUUUUGUUUUUUAGGUUUAUUGUAUCGCGGUCUAAUGAAUAUUUUACCAACAUCCAAUUUCAAUAUAUACCUUUGGAGUAGUGAAAUAGAGUUUAGUUUUUCCAAUUUUUUUUUUUAUUAUUAUUAUUAUUGUAUGUUGUAAAAAUUUAAGUACAUUUAUUAAUUUUUGAACAAGUUCAUUUUACUGAACGCCCUUUAUUUUAAAUUUUAUUUUUGUAUACAUGUUUUUAAAUGCUGAUUUUGGAACUGUUUGUGGAAAUUUAUGGAAGUUUGAAGUUUGUUGUUUAUAUGGUUUUAGCUUAAAUACCUAUUUAUUCUACCAUCAUUCAUUUAGAGUUGACUAUGGCGCAUAGCCUUAUGAACUAUCAAAUUCUAUACUGUCUAAUAUGCAGUUAAAUUUUUGCAUUUUUUACAGUGAAAAAGCAUUUUGGGAGCAUCUGGAAAUCCAGCCUCCACUCUUUUAAUCGAAAAUAACCGUCGAUUUGUUAUGCAAAUCAUAUUUAAUGAACAGUGAAAAAAAUUAAUCUAGGUGAGCCGCAGGGCAAAAUAAAAAUUUUUAAAUCACUUAUAGAAAUUAGAUGGGAUUUUUUAACAAAAAAAAGUACAUACAUUUAUUGAGCAUUGGACAUUAUCAAAUUGGAUACCACAGUGCCUACGGCUUCUGAAAUCAGUAUCAAAAAACACUUGUUUUCAAAAAAAGAAAAUUGAAAAACAAAGGGUGCCUGGUAAAGUAAACUUAAAUCUUAAUUUUUCAUACUAUAGAUUUAAAUUAUUGUGUAGAUAGUAUGUACAUGAAUAUAUAUAAUUUAGGGUGCCAGUUAUUUCCUAAGUUGUCAAAUGUAAGUAGUACCCACUGGGAAUUUGUUUUAAUACAUUUAAAGAUAAGUCUCCUAAAUUUUAAGCUUGGUUGACCAUAUUUCACACAUACCAACCAAAGCUCAAAGUUCUAAGAAAAUGGAUAAAAUUGUAAUUUUUAAAUUAAUGAAAAAAUCGUAUAGAAUCAUUAUUGUAGACCUAGUAGUUAUUUACA